AUGAAUAUUUUACAGCUCUUCUUACUGUUCCUGUUGCCUUACUUUAACACUGCCUAUGAGUUAUCAUGCCCACCUUCGUCACAUUGGACUUUGAGAGCUGAAGGGUUAUGCAACAAUGAACUGGCAUUUCAGUAUUAUUGUUUAUGGGAUACCAAUAACAAAUCGUACACAGAAUCAUGUUCAGAAAAACCAGACGUUGCACCUAAAGGAAGAAAAUAUAUUGUGGAAGGAUCACCAACAUUUGUUCCAUGUUCACUUGAUCGAUAUCAACCCAUAACAUUUUACCGGAAUGCUAGCAGUCAUUGCAUCUUACUCAAAUCGGUAUGUGCUGAUAGAGGACAGACAUUCUCGGGUCAGGGUUCGGCAGAAGAUGACGUCAGAUGUCGAUGUGACUACCAACAAGGAUACGAUUACGUCAGCAAACCAAAAGAUAUGUGUAAUUGUAAUCCUACCCAGGAAGACUGUUCCUGCUAUCUGCAACAAUGCAAAGACAACGAAUAUCUGUCACGUGAUUAUCAAUGUUUGCUCAAGGAUUCAUUCCCAGUCAAGUUUCAAUGUGGACAGAUUAACGAAUCACGAGAGGAAAACAACACCAAAUUCCUUUCAAAGGAUAUAUUGACAGAUUUUGCAAUGAAGACCACAACUAAUGGACAGACAGGAGCAAUUGUAUUGAUAGUUAUCAUUGCAUUGUUUAUUGGAUUGGCCAAAAUCAUAUACCAUCGCUUGAGAGUUCAAGUAAUAUAUAAUGGAAUUCCGUUAGAAAAACAGAUUACUGGUAACUGGAGAGCACUAAAAGAAACAAUUAAUCACGAACUUAUGCUGAGAUCACUAGUUAAGGAAGGAAUGAUCCAAACAGAUCGUUUAAAUGAUUUUAAAAUGAAGUCACCAAAUAGUCAGAAGAAUCACUACUUAAUGUUGCUUAUUCGAAAAAGUAGAGACCCAAGCAGUUUUAACAAAUGUAUAGUUAUUUUACGAAUGCAAGGGAAAUCAACUAUACAAGUACUAAACAGAUCAGUUAUUAGUCAAAAUUGGAGAAAAAGAAAUUUAGAAAAAUGUCGUCAACAGAUAGAUAAAUGUACUCCAUCGUUAGAUGAAUUUUUUAAUCCAGACCAAGUGGUGGACUAUUUCUUUGAAAAUUUUAUAUUUGAUGUAAAAGAUUUCGAAGAUGUAAUUAUUUGUGAAGAUUCACGUACUAUGAUACAGUGUUUUAUGCAGAAAGUAGAAAUGUCAUUACACAAAGGCUCAUUCGAAUGCUUAUUAAAAGUUUUAAAAGAUUUCGAAUAUGACAUUGUGUUAGAAGAAUUAAAAACAGGUUUAGUUCCAGCAAUAAGUUGUUACUGUGAAGAUGGCAUAAUUUAUUCAGAAUUAAAAGCUCCAGAGGACAACUAUGAAGUACACAUGACUUUAUCGUCCACAAACUUAAAUGAUAAAAUUGAAUUCGAGUUACGGGAUUCAUCUUGUGAUUGCCUUGUAUGGUUAGUUAAAACAUUUGCAAUAUACCCAAUCACAUCUUUCGUCUCCGGAAGCGCCACUUUCCGUUCAUUAUCAGAUACCACACUUAAAUCACUAAAAGAAGGAUAUCAAAGCAGAAGCUGGUCACAUUUUCUAGAAACUCUUUUCAGUAUUGACUAUUUGAGACCUUCUGCAGAUAAUGGAAAUGACUUAAUUGAAAUGAAUAUUUUUCUUAACGCUGUGCACAUGAAUUGUGACAGAGACAGUUUACCAGGACAAAACCAAACCGAAGAUGAAUCGAUAAAUGUUUUCACAGCUAACAAACAUUUUGUUGAAUCGCAUAUUGACGUAAAUGAACUUCUUAAGGCAUUCAAAGAAGAAGAACAGUAUAUUUUUCAAGAUUGUGAUGAUAUACCAGAAAUAGAAAAAAAGGCAGAAAUGUUUGUUGUCUUGCUUGGGAGGAAUUCAAACCUUACAUGUAAAUUUAUUCGGAUAUUAAAGAAGCAACGGGGAAAAAACAAGAAAAUAUUGGAUAGAUUGCAUACUUUUCAGAAAGUAUUUAAUUCAAAUACUGAUAAUUUGCCUGAUAACAUACUGUACUAUUUUCCUGAACUGGUCUGCAUAUCAGACGAUUUCGAUACUUUCCGAAAUUAUUUUGUCGAAAGAAAUAUUCUCUGCACGGAACUAGAUAGUAUUCUGGAACAACGUCACGAAAACAAUCGACACAAUAUGAUAGCUUUUCUAAUUGAAAUUUUAAAGUCGAGAAGAAGAAAUGUAAUGCUGUCAUUGGUAGAUUCUUUAUUUAUGUACGAACACAACAUAUUAGCAGAGAGAUUACUUCAAAGACGAGAACACAGUAUUGAAGUGUCAGAUUCAAAUAUAUUAUCGGAGUCUAUGUAUAGUAAGAAUGGUUUAUUGUUUUCUGGUAAAUUUAAAGUUUGCUUUGUUGAUUGAGUGGUGAUGUUUGACAAGUGCAGGAAUCCAGAUAUUUUAUGAAACUGCAAUAUUGACUAUUCAAAUAGACAAAAGCAACCCACCUUUUUUUAAACAUUUGUAAUAGUGCAUCAAACAGAUAUUGUUAUCAAAACUACAUAUUGAUCAUUAUAUUUUUUUCCUUUUACUUUUAAUGUUCGCAUCAAUCUAUUCAGAAGGUUUAAGAUAUUGAACUUUAAAUAUCAUGUUCAAAUAAAUA